CAACGAUAUUCUGAAAGAUUAGGUUCUCAAAAGAAACAACUUCCUCCAAGAGCAGCAUAACCUCAUCCACAAUCACCAUUUAGAAACACGACACCACCACAACCCCAACGUACCCCCUUUUCAACACCCAAAAUGUCCAAACCCUGGAUCCUCCUCUGCCCUUCCUCCCGAGGCAUCGGCCACGCCUUAACCCGACACCUCCUCCGAACCACCACUCUCCCGAUCCUCGCCACCACCCGCACCCGCGACCCGGAAGAGACCAAAGCCGCCUUGCUCAAGGAUUUGUUCCCUUAUGGCCAACAAUCUUCCCCGCUCACCGAUUCCUCUUCCUCAGCUUCCGACCGGGCUUCCGCCGCUUCCGCUACAGGCCCGGGCGUAGCAGCCUCCAGCAAAUUCAGCGAUUCUUCGUCAAGCGAUACCUACCCUUACCCCUCCCCGUCAGAAUUCAGCAGUACUUCUGCCGACUCAGGGGAGUCGUCGACUUCUGCGACACCAGACUCUUCUCCUGACCAAUUUUCCGGUCAUUCUGCCUCUUCGUCAGCUGCAUCCAGAUCAACACGAUCCUCCCUCUCCGACCCCCCUAAAUCCACCCCAAAAGAAGACCCCCGUCUUCCCUCCGCCUCCUCCCGCUUGCAUCUGCUCCCCCUCGACGUCUGCCACGAGGACUCCAUCCUCUCCUGCGCCCAACAGGCCUCCUCCCUUUUCCCGCCUGAGACCCAUCACCUGCACCUGGCAUUUGCCUUACCGGGGAUCUUGCACCCGGAAAAAUCGCCGCAGCAGGUUGAUUACGACUUAGCCCUGGAUACGUACAGAGUGAAUUGUCUGGGCCCGUUGAUGCUGAUGAAGCAUUUCGGUGGCUUCCUGCCGAGACGGGGGACGGAGAUGGAUUUAAGUUUAAGUUGGCAUCCCGUUGGCCUUGGCUCUAGAACUAGUUCGGGGAUCAACGAAGAAGAGCUGGAAGGCCACCACCACCACCCACUGGAACGAAUGCUGCUGCUACCGCCGCACGCAACAUGGAUCAACAUGUCCGCGCGCGUCGGGUCCGUGUCAGACAACAAAUCCGGCGGAUGGUAUUCUUACCGGUCCUCCAAAGCGGCUGUCAACAGCUUGACCAAAUCUUUCGAUCACCAGUUGCAGAGUAGAAGUGGAAAAAAGGCAAUGUGUAUCGGGUAUCACCCGGGAACGGUCAGGACGGAUUUAAGUAAGGGGUUUUGGGAGAGCGUGCGGAAUGAUAAGAUUUGGGAGCCGGAGGAGGCGGCGGGGCAUAUGGCGGGGGUUAUUGAGGCUUUGGGGGAGCAGCAGAGGGGGCGGAUUUGGGAUUGGAAGGGGGAGGAGGUUUUUCCUUGA